GUCAGACCUGGUACUGCAGCCCACACAGCAGGAGAACCCAGGAAGGCAGGUUACUGGACACAGGAUCUCCAGGAGCAGGCUGGGAACCAGUUAUUGGCCAGUUUAGCUGGACAUCAGAGGCUGGCAUGUCAAGCUGGGCAGCGGACAAAGGCACGUCAGGCUGGGCAUCGGACAGAGGGCACCGAGUCAUCUGGCACGACAGCAGGCACCGAGUCAUCCGGCACAACAGCGGGCACCGAGUCAUCUGGCACGACAGCGGGCACCGAGUCAUCUGGCACGACAGCGGGCACCGAGUCAUCUGGCAAGUCAGCAGGCACCGAAUCACCUGGCACAUCAGCGGACACUGAGCCAUCUAGCAGACCGCGGGCACCGGGUUACCAAGCUCGACAGCGGGCACCGAGUCAUCUGGCACGACAGCGGGCACCGGGUCACCAAGCUUGACAGCGGUCACCGAGU